AUGUUUCUCACUAUCUUGUACUUCGCUUUGCCUUUAAUGGCUGUACUUUUGCCUGUAGAAGCGAGCGGGGUGGCUGGAGGGGACCGCCUUGACUGCGUGAGAGCCAGCGAGCAGUGUCUGCGGGAGCCGAGCUGCAGUGCUAAGUACAGGACACUGAGGCAGUGUGUAGCCGGCAAAGCGGGCAACUUCAGCCGGACGACAGGCCUGGAGGCUAAGAAUGAAUGCAAAAGCGCCAUGGAAGCUCUCAAGCAGAAAUCUCUCUACAACUGCCACUGUAGGAGGGGCAUGAGGAAGGAGAAAUACUGCCUGCGUAUUUACUGGACCUUGUACCGGAGCUUUGAGGGAAAUGACUUACUUGGAGAUACCCCUUAUGAGCCAAUUAACAGCAAACUAUCAGACAUAUUCAGUCUAGCACCAAUUAUGUCAGCAGAGCAUGUGCUUUCAAAGGGGAACAAUUGUUUGGAUGCAGCAAAAGCUUGUAACCUAAACAACACCUGCAAGAAGUUCAGAUCUGCUUACAUAACCCCCUGCACCACCAGCACAUCCAAUGAGGUCUGUAACAAGCGGAAGUGUCAUAAGGCCCUCCGGCUGUUUUUUGACAAAGUUCACCCAAAGCACAGCUAUGGGAUGCUCUUCUGCUCCUGUCAAGACGUAGCCUGUACAGAAAGGAGACGACAGACUAUUGUUCCUGUGUGUUCAUAUGAGGACAAGGAGAAACCAAACUGCCUGAAUUUACAAGUUAUCUGCAAGAAGAAGUAUGUCUGCAGGUCUCGCCUUGCAGAUUUCUUCACAAACUGCCGGCCUGACCCACAUUCUGCUAGUGGCUGCCUGAGGGAGAACUAUGCUCACUGCCUCCUCUCAUACUCGGGGCUUAUUGGCACAUCGAUGACACCCAACUACAUAGACUCAAAGAGUCUCAGCGUUGCCCCGUGGUGUGACUGCAGCAACAGUGGUAACGACAUAGAGGACUGCCUGACAUUUCUGAAUUUCUUCAAGGACAAUAUAUGCCUUAGAAAUGCGAUUCAGGCCUUUGGCAAUGGUAGUGAUGUGAACACGUGGCAGCCAGUCAUACCAGUACACACCACUGCAGCCGCAACUACAACAGCUUUCAAACUUAAAAUCACAGGUUCAGUGACCGCUAACAAUGAAAUACCCACCCACCACGAGCCACCAGCAUGUGCAAACCUGCAGACACAGAAGAAGCAGAAAGUCAAUGAAUCUACAGAGACAGAGCUCUGUAUUAACGAGAAUGCUAUUGGGAAAGACACAUCAAAAAUCUCCACUGGUCACAUAUCUGCAGAGAAUUCCCUCGCUCUUCCUAGAAGCUUCUAUCUAAGCACAGCGCUCACCCUGAUGUCACUUGCACUCUCAUUCUCUUUGUUCCUGAGCUCAUCAGUUGUCUUGUAGCUGCAUUACAAAAGGACGUGUGGGGAAAAAAAAAAAUAUUAAAAAAAAAUAAAAAUCUGUUUCCUGUCCUCUGUUGCUUCUCUGGAAUUCCAGGUCUGGGAGCUAAGCUGAGGCACUCCUGCUAGAAGUUUCAGUCAGCUGGAAUAUUUUUUUUUUUCUCUCUAAAAAAGCUUCUUGUGAUAUUUAGAGGCUUUGUGAAAUACUUGGUGCAGUGCUACAUUCCAAACCCAAAAGGCUUUUGGGCAUGCCGUGUUCUAAAGAAACAGUGUGUAAAUUUGCCUGUAAAGCGACCUGGUUGGAUUAUUUUAAUAAUGAUUAUUUUAAUUCUGGCUUUUACCUGAGAAGGAGGAUGGCAUUUUUCUUAAGAUCCUAUUUAUCUCAUUGAAUGGUUUUGGUUUUCAAAUUGAUUGAACGUCAGACUAUCAAGGAUGCCAGGUUUUUGUCUAAUGGUGAGUGUUCUCCCAGAGAGUGGACUUUAUGAGACUUCUUCAUUUGAUAAAUUGCUACUGAUGUUUAACUCUUUCAGUGUAUGAGCUUUUUCCUCUUCAAAUGUUUCUGUACUGUAAGUGGUUCUGCAUUCCCUGCUGAGAAGCCAUUAUAAUGCACAUACAGGUAAAAUGUACAUCUUUCAGCUGAAUUUUCAUGAAAAUAGAGUGUGGCACAGAACUUUCUAACAGUGCAUUUAU